UCUAGUCUGUUCUGCCUCGCGGCAGCCGCCCCCUUCCACACGGUCACGCUGAGCCAGCACCCAGGCCUGGAAUUGGGCCGCUGCCUCAGCCGCGUCCCCCGCCCCGCGCCGCCUCCGGACCAUGGACCCCCGCAAAGUGAGCGAGCUUCGGGCCUUCGUGAAAAUGUGUAAGCAGGACCCGAGCGUUCUGCACACGGAGGAAAUGCGCUUCGUGAGGGAGUGGGUGGAGAGCAUGGGGGGUAAAAUACCACCUGCUACUCAUAAAACUAAAUCAGAAGAAAAUACUAAGGAAGAAAAAACAGAUAGUAAGAAGGUGGAGGAAAACAUUAAGACAGAUGAACCAUCAAGUGAGGAAAGUGAUCUAGAAAUUGACAACGAAGGUGUGAUUGAACCAGACACCGAUGCCCCUCAAGAAAUGGGAGAUGAAAGUGUAGAGAUAACUGAGGAGAUGAUGGAUCAGGCAAAUGAUAAAAAAGUGGCUGCCAUUGAUGCCCUGAAUGAUGGUGAACUACAGAAAGCCAUUGACUUGUUCACAGAUGCCAUCAAGCUGAAUCCUCGCUUGGCCAUUCUGUAUGCCAAGAGAGCCAGUGUCUUCAUCAAAUUACAGAAGCCAAAUGCUGCCAUCCGAGACUGUGACAGAGCUAUUGAAAUAAAUCCUGAUUCAGCUCAGCCUUACAAGUGGAGAGGGAAAGCACACAGACUUUUGGGCCAUUGGGAAGAAGCAGCCCAUGAUCUUGCCCUUGCCUGUAAACUGGAUUAUGAUGAAGAUGCUAGUGCAAUGCUGAAAGAAGUUCAGCCGAGGGCUCAGAAAAUUGCAGAACAUCGGAGAAAGUAUGAGCGAAAACGAGAAGAGCGGGAGAUCAAAGAGAGAAUAGAAAGGGUUAAGAAGGCUCGGGAAGAACAUGAGAGAGCCCAGAGGGAGGAAGAAGCCAGACGACAAUCCGGAGCUCAGUAUGGCUCUUUUCCAGGUGGCUUUCCUGGGGGAAUGCCUGGUAAUUUUCCUGGAGGAAUUCCUGGAACCGGAGGGGGCAUGCCUGGAAUGGCAGGAAUGCCUGGACUCAAUGAAAUUCUUAGUGAUCCAGAGGUUCUUGCAGCCAUGCAGGAUCCAGAAGUUAUGGUGGCCUUCCAGGAUGUGGCCCAGAACCCAGCAAAUAUGUCAAAAUAUCAGAGCAACCCAAAGGUUAUGAAUCUCAUCAGUAAAUUGUCAGCCAAAUUUGGAGGUCAAGCAUAAUGCCCUUCUGACAAAUAAAGCCUUUGCUGAAGGAAAAGCAACCUAGAUUGCCUAAUGGAUGUCGCAAUAAUACAAAACCAGUGUACCUCUGACCUUCUCAUGAAGAAAGCUGGGGUGCUUUGAAGAUAAUCCUUACCCUUUGCCCCAAAUGCAGCUGAAACAUUUUACAGUAGUUUGCCAUUAGGGUAUUGAUUCAGAUAACGUUUUCCUACUAGGAAUUAUAAACUUUAAAUACUUUCUAAACCUUAAAAAUACAUAAAACAAAUUAAAAGGGUGUGUUAAUCCCUG